AUUGGUGUAGUCGUUGCAACUUUCCUUUUCAACACUGGACGUAUUAUAAAAGCAGUAGCCAUCUUUAACGAAUGUUUGGUGCUCCUUAACGGUAAAGCCCUAGAGACAAUCAAAGAACUUACCACACCACUUCUUAUCUAUGUAUACUAUAACCUUCUUGAUGGCUAUACUCUUGUGUGCGAUCACACCCGUGCUAUAGAAUGUGGUAAAAAGCUUUUAGUGACACUACACAAUAGUGGCCAAAAAGAAGUAGAAGGGAUGACAUUACUUAAACUAGGGAACAUCUACUAUGAAAGAAGCAAAUACGAAGAAGCAAAACGGUUUUACGAGAAGGCACUCAGCAUCAUGAUUGAGGCUGGAAAUAAUCGCGAAGUUGGAACAAGUUACGGAAGUCUAGGAGCUGUGCUUGUUUCUGUUGGUCAAUAUACUAAGGCUGAAGAAUACCUUCAAAAAGCACUAGUGAUCAGUAAAGAAAUCGGUGACAAAGAAGGAGAAGCAGCAAAUUACGGAAAUCUAGGAACUGUGUUUCAAUCUGUUGGUCAAUACACCAAGGCUGAAGAAUACCUUCAAAAAGCACUUGUGAUCAGUAAAGAAAUCGGUGACAAAGAAGAAGAAGCAUCAGAUUACGGAAAUCUAGGAACUGUGUUUCUUUCUGUUGGUCAAUAUACCAAGGCUGAAGAAUACCUUCAAAAGGCACUAGUGAUCAGUAAAGAAAUCGGUGACAAACGAGGAGAAGCAUCUGCUUACGGAAAUUUAGGAACUGUGUUUCAAUCUGUUAGUCAAUAUACUAAGGCUGAAGAAUACCUUCAAAAAGCACUAGUGAUCAGGAAAGAAAUCGGUGACAAACAAGGAGAAGCAUCUGCUUACGGAAAUCUAGGAACUGUGUUUAAAACUGUUGGUCAAUAUACCAAGGCCGAAGAAUACCUUCAAAAAGCACUGGUGAUCAAGAAAGAAAUCGGUGACAAAAAAGGAGAAGCAUCUGCUUACGGAAAUCUAGGAACUGUGCUUCAAUCUGUUGGUCAAUAUACCAAGGCCGAAGAAUACCUUCAAAAAGCACUAGUGAUCAGGAAAGAAAUCGGUGACAAAAGAGGAGAAGCAGCUGCGUACGGAAACCUAGGAACUGUGUUUCAAUCCGUUGGUCAAUAUACCAAGGCUGAAGAAUACCUUCAAAAAGCACUAGUGAUCAGGAAAGAAAUCGGUGACAAGGAAGGAGAAGCAUCUGCGUACGGAAAUCUAGGAAGUGUGUUUCAAUCCGUUGGUCAAUAUACCAAGGCUGAAGAAUACCUUCAAAAAGCACUAGUGAUCAGGAAAGAAAUCGGUGACAAAAAAGGAGAAGCAUCUGCUUACGGAAAUCUAGGAACUGUGUUUCAAUCUAUUGGUCAAUACACCAAGGCUGAAGAAUACGUUAAAAAAGCACUAGUGAUCAGGAAAGAAAUCGGUGACAAAAAAGGAGAAGCAUCUGCUUACGGAAAUCUAGGAACUGUGUUUCUUUCUGUUGCUCAAUAUUCCAAGGCUGAAGAAUACCUUCAAAAAGCACUAGUGAUCAGUAAAGAAAUCGGUGACAAACAAGGAGAAGCAGCAGAUUACGGAAAUCUAGGAAAUUUGUUUUUUUCCGUUGGUCAAUAUACCAAGGCUAAAGAAUACGUUCAAAAAGCACUAGUGAUCAGGAAAGAAAUCGGUGACAAACAAGGAGAAGCAACUGCUUACGGAAAUCUAGGAACUGUGUUUCAAUCUGUUGGUCAAUAUAUCAAGGCUGAAGAAUACCUUCAAAAAGCACUUGUGAUCAAGAAACAAAUCGGUGACAAACGAGGAGAAGCAGCAGAUUACGGAAAUCUAGGAGCUGUGUUUCAAUCUGUUGGUCAAUAUACCAAGGCCGAAGAAUACCUUCAAAAAGCACUAGUGAUCAGAAAAGAAAUCGGUGACAAAAAUGGAGAAGCAUCUGCUUACGGGAAUCUAGGAACUGUGUUUCAAUCUGUCGGUCAAUACACCAAGGCUGAA